UUUGAAUAGCGUACGCACGUAUUUAGUACCAAUACUUACUGCUAGGGUGCACACAUGUAGUGGCGUCACUAGCAUCACCUGAUACAACAUGGCGUCAGAAUGGAGAUACUACCGCGAAGUACUUCAUUUAUUGUUUGAUUAUAAUAUUAAUACGCGUACAGUGUAAAUAUAUUAAUACGUAUUCGAUCAACAAACUAACCUCUUAAAUUAGUAUACAUAUCUAAAUCGAAGGAUGAAUACAUCAACAGAUUGGGACGUUGAACAAUAUAAAGCGGAGCAUGAGUCCGAUGAACAUUGGGAAUUAAGACGUAAAUUUCUUUUAACACAUAAAGAUAAGUUUCCAGAGGAUGAAUUACUUUGUUUAGCUCAAGCGUUCACCAACGUAGAAAUUUUAGGUUGCAGAUAUCCAAAAGAAACUAUGCAUUUGAUAUCAGAAUUAGCUCAAGAUGUUGUCUGCGAAUAUAGGGAAAGAAAGAAAAACAAAUUACAAAGAACAUUUGUCAAAGGAUCAGAUGCUGCCCGUACAAAGGCACAAGGUACAUCCAAAAACUGUAGCACAGGGAAGACAGACACGUGUACAAACGUUCCGAGUUCAAUUAAAAAUGAAAACAAGAUAGAAAACGUACCUGCUAAAAAAAUUAAAUUAGACGAAUCUCCAUUUGGAGAUAUAGUAUUAGUAGAAAGACCGGGUGAUUUACCACAAACGAUACUUGCUUGUGCAGUUAAUGUUUCUGGUGGCAAUAUAGAAUGGAAAAUUAAUAAAACUAACAUGAAUAAGUGGCAAUGCAUUAUCUUAAUUAAUGCAAAACAACUCGCGGAAUCUUAUGGCACAAAUCAGAAACUAGCCAAGAAAGAAGCAUCAGUCAUAGGCUUGCGUGAACUACAAAAAUAUUAUUAUACUAUCAAAAUUAAACAUAAUUUUAUUGAAGAAGCAAAUGUAACAACAACAUCAAUGCUGCAAAAUACAUCAUCUCAUGAUUCUAUUUCUGAUGAUAAUAUUGGAAAAAGAUUGAUGAAACUUAUGGGUUGGACAGGUGGAGGACUUGGAAAAUCUCAGCAAGGAAUUGUCGAGCCAGUUAUUGUUAAACAACAAGUUAGUCGAGAGGGUUUAGGAUUAAAAGUAAAAGCUUCGAAUCUACGCGAAUUAGAAUUAAAAUGUAGAGAUAUACUGAAAAAAUAUCUGAUGGGUGAUAUGAAAACUGAUUUAGUAUUUUCCCCAGAAUUCUCAAAUGAAGAAAGAACAGUAAUACAUAAACUUGCACGACAAAUGGGCCUAAAAUCACAUAGUUAUGGUCCAAAAGAUCAAAGAAAAUUAGUCAUAUCUCGUAAAGUUGAUAUAAGGGAUUUAGUAAUCGAAUUAAAAACUCUCGGUGGAAGCACUGAUAAAUAUGAGCUUAUAAAACCAAGCUCUAUUUAGGACCAAUUGCAAAUAUAUUUAAGAGAGAUUUUCCAGUCUUAUAGAGCAAUAUUAAAUGACAUUGAUAUACUUAUAGGUAUCUAAUAAGUAAGUGUAAACACAAAAUAGUGUCCUCUGUAUCUCUCCGAGUUAGAUUAUUCAUCAUAUUGCAUUUUCAGGAGCAGUACCUAUUAAUAUUUUUAUAAAAACAAUUGUACAAAAGAUGACAUAUUUAUAUAUAUAUGCAUUAAUUGCAUAUUUCUUGAUAAUAUGAUCAUUAUUUUUAAUAUAUCAUUAAAAUUAUACGAAAUUAAUUUAGAAAUCAAAUAAUGUGUAAAUAAGUCGUCUAUAUUAUAGAUAUAUAAAUAUAUAGAUAUAUAGAUAUAUAGAUAUAUAUAUACAUAAGUAAAAUUAAUAAGGAUAAUGAUUGGUAGAAAAUAUAAGUAUGAUUUUUCUUA